AUGCCAUUCCUAUAUCCAGUUAAGGCGACCGGAGACGCGCCUAUUAUGAAGAAGAAGAACUGGAAGGUCGACUCAAACCGUACCAUUGGAUGGAUCAAUGAGUUCAUUAAGAGAUAUAUUAAACUCGAAGCCAACGAAUCGCUGUUUCUGUACGUAAACCAGACAUUCAGUCCCUCUCCCGACCAAACCGUUCGCAAUCUUCUCGAGUGCUUCGGAUCCGACGGAAAGUUAGUCUUAUAUUACGCUAAAUCCCAGGCCUGGGGCUAAACGCACGACUGUUAUCUCCGUUUUUAUCAUUGGUUUCGUUGAUAGACUUGUUUUUGUGAAGUGAAAUGUCUGAUAAGAAAAUCAUAUUAAGUGAUACCAAAACUGAUCCCAAAGUGAUUUGUCAUUCAAUUCCGUGUAAAGUGAUUGAAGACUGCGAGGCAGAAGUUGACAAAUACUUUGCGCCAACCAUAAGACAAAGUGACAAAAAGGAGGUCCUCUUAAGUUCAUUCCGCGGCAGACCACUAGUCGGCCGUUCAAUUGAUUUGCCCGACAAUUGCAGAGCAUUUGUGGUGAAAGACAACACGAGUAGUGAUUUCGUGGCCAACGAGUGCUUUCAACGCAUAACUCAUUGGAAUUUUGAUAAGAAUCCGUCAGAAAGUGAUUCAUUACAACAAACCAUUGAGUGGAUCAACAUCUCUAACGCCAUUCAUUCACCCAUUCCUUCCAAGGAAUCGAUUGACAAAAACUAAGUCUAAUAUUGAAGUGAUUUUUGUUUUAUUAUAUAUAUUUUUGUGUUUGCGUUAAUUGUUUAUUGUAAUCAAGAAUGGAUUGUUAUCUCUAUACUCCAGUUACCAAAGACUUUGAGUUUAAUAGUUCCGAUAGUUCGUAUCCAAUUAAUUUCUGCGAGAGUCUAUCGAUUCCGCUGCAGAAUAAUGUUAAGUACCGAGAAAUAGGGUAUCGAUUGAUAGAAAAGUAUAAAAUUCCAGUUUUUCUCGAAAGCGAGUUAAUGCAGAAACUGAAGGAUUUCGUUGACGACGAAACCGAUAGACUGGACACUCAAAGGGCUGACCAGAUGUUGGAACAGCUGUCGGAGUGUGAAAUGAAGAACAACUGUCGCCUAAUAGUGAAUAAGCGCUCAAUAGUUGACACCAAAUACAAGAGCUUUGAUAAUAUGAACGAAAACAACGAAUUCUUUAACAUGUACUACGAGUUGAUCCAUUCGGGAGUCUUCACCGAAUCGCUCAUGAAGUUUGAGAACUCGUAUUUGAUUGCCAUUCAAGACUUGAUAUCAGCGCGCGAUCAGUCGUACAAUGAGUUACUGACACAACAGACCGUUGAGAUGGAAGACGCCGUCAAAAGCAUCGGAACCACUCUUAGCGAAGAGAAUAUCAACACAUUGUCUGUAAAACACUUCGAAGAAUCGGAGACAUUGAAAGACGAGUGGAAUAACACUAUUUCUAACCUAAAGUAUGAACAAAAGCAAGAGUUUUACGAAUGGAUUCGCAAAGUGUACGAAGACUUCAAGAAUGGAAAUCCGGAAUCGAUUGCAACGAAUCUGAAGAAUCUGUCGAUCGAUUCGAGCGAACGCUUCGGUCGAUCGCCGUAUGAAGAACUCGAUUGGAGUAACUCUUCGAAUGACAAUCACAUUCAGAUGGAGGAGAGUUUUACCAUCAAUUUGGGCGCUCAGCUCAAGACUACUCAUAACCUGCGCCUAAUAUCUAUGGAUAUUCUCGACUUGUGUCGACUCAAACCCAGUCAUAAUUUCGGUCAAAAUACUCCCCAACGGAUCCAGACAGCGAUGUCUUUAUAUUCAAAUUCUUUGUCAGCUCUGGUCUUAUUAGUUGACAAUCGGAUUAACAGUUAUUCGGGAAUCAAAUUAGAUUUUGCGAAAAUAUGCUCAAAAUCAACAGAAUUUCAUUUCCAAGACCUCGAGAUCCAAAUGCAAGAAUCGACGUCAAGGGCGGAACAGUUGAAGCCCAAUGCGCUGAAGAAGAGCGGUUCCCAUAGCUUACAAACGGGUGACUUCUAUGCGACCAAACACUCGAACCUAUCGGAGGCUCACGUCGUCUUUCAUUUGGUUUGCGACGAUUCGCUGCGCUCUUCAGACAUUAAUUCCAGACAUCCCGUGAUUCUGGGCUUAAGAAACAUUAUGAAGACCUCACACCUCAACGAUAUCUCAAACAUUACGAUACCUCUGCUUCUCAUUCACGAAAUGACUGAAGAGAUUACUAUUCAAUGGUGUCUUAAGAGAGCGGAAUUGGUUCUGAAGUGCAUUAAAGGGUUUAUGAUUGAAAUGGCGUCCCUUUCCUCUGGUGGCGACGAGAACCGUACGGUUCAGUUCGUGGUGCCCAAGGGCAUUUCUCACGAAUUAUUCGCGAAUCUGACGACAAUUCUUCCGAGUAUUUUCCGACUCUCUAACCCUCUGGUCCUGCGAUCCAGUUAUGACUUGGAAUAGACUGCAAACUCAAUCACCGAUUCAAAGCGAUUUCUUGUGGCUUUCCUAUCAAUUCAAAUAUUAAUUGUUUGUUCAAUACCUUGAUUUUAUUCUCCAAUCAAAUUCUAUUGAGUUUUAAAUUUAAUAAUUCUAAUAUAGUUUUAUUCUUUAAUUACUGUCACUUAUGUAAGAAUUGAUAGUAUUCUCGCAUAAAUGUGUUUCUAUUGAAAGUUCGAAGUCUAUCUGUUUUGCAACUAUUUUUUAUGUAAAAGGCUUUGAUUUUAAUGAGUUGAAUGCGAAAUCAAAACCCAAU